AUGCCGCGAGCAUUCCGUGUGCGAUUCUCCAACAAAAGCCAAUCGGUCGAUCCAGCCGUCCACAAGGAUGUAGCAUCGGAUCCGGUGGCGGCGCGAGCCCAUCGAAAGAGCCGUCAUGGGUGUGAGGAGUGUAGAAGAAAAAGGACCAAAUGUGAUGAAACCUUACCAAGCUGUUUACGAUGUCAACGACGGAAAAUCAAGUGCAUCAUCACAACCCGACCGUCACGCUGGCGUCAGGAAUGUCCCGGGGGGCGUCAAGAACUUCUGCUGUCACCACCAACCUCAUCGCUGCUCAUCGACGCGAAGCUAUUUCAAUGGUGGCUCGACUAUGCGUGCAAGCUGCUAGUACUAGAUUCCCAAUCAAACCCGCUCUCCUUCCCACUGAUUGAGCACCUCGCCAUCUCCCCGGCGCUGUGCUUCGCCCUGGAGAGUUUCAGCGCCGGCCACAAAGGUCGUUGGGCACUGGACUCGCGGGUCCAGUUCCUCGAGAAGCGUAGCCUGGCACUGACUCUUUGCCGCUCCGAAUUGAUCGCCCGACAUGUCCCCCUAGAGACCACCUUCUUCACCGUCCUGCUCCUCGGCAUCUCGACGCCAUUUACAGAGAAUGUCGACAACUAUGGGAAGGAGCACCUCAUCGGCGCACGCGCCAUCCUGGCCAUCCUCCUGCAACAGGACAAGGUGGUCCACAGUCCGAGGAUCGAACAACUUCUCACCUACUAUACGUGGUGGGACAUGGCUUGCGCCUUCUCCGUAGACCCCUUGGAGCUACCGGCAUUGAGCACUGUCGAGGUGCUUUCUACCGUCAGUCGUGCAUCUCAGCCGACCAAACCGCGAUUCGCUGGCUGCAUGGUCGAGAUAUACCAUGUGUUAGGACUCUUACUCCGAUACUGCAUGCAGCUUCUUCGGGGAGGCGUACGUGAUCUGGAGCACGAAUUGACGCUGGAACAGGUCUUGACUGGCUGGCACCCAAACAGCAACCGAGAAGAGGACAUUCUCUUCGCGGAAGUCUUUCGGAAACAUGGCCUCAUCAUUCUCUACCGCGUCUGCCGAAUGGGUAAAUUUACCACUGAUGGAAACGGCGAGAGUCCGGACGGACGCUCUGCACUCCUGGUCCACAUUUAUGCCACCGAGAUCAUCUCCAUGGUUCUGCCUCACAAAAUGGGAACUGCUUUCUGGAACUCUCUGAUCCCACCACUAUUGACGGCGGGCGCCGAACUCACCUCUGAUGACGAAGCGCUAAGGCACAGCGUAAGAGACGCGUUUUCAUCUGUCUGCUCCCAGUGUCAGACCAAUACGCUGGAGCGUGCCAAGAAUCUUCUGGAGGAGAUUUGGCUGCUCCUGGACACCGGCAUUGAGAUAUCCUAUCUGGAGUUGAUGCUACUGAAAGGAUGGAACUUUUCACUAGUCUGA